CCGAUCAUUUGGUCUGAUUAUCGAAUCUGUGCGUUGUGGCCCCAGGUAUAUGCCACACCGAGCGGUGGUGACUCAAGCCUCGCUUCCGGCCCCCGGCAAGGAUGCCAUUCCGCGUCUUGCAUGGCGUCGCCGACGCGUGCCUGCUCUAGUAUAAAGCGAUGGACCGAAAGUUGAUAGAGCGGCUACCACAAAAUUAGGACCAUGCAGCCUCCGCCGCAGUUCUCCGGCAGGUCACUCUAUGUGCCUGUCUGUGCCGCUGGUUUUUCUCUGCUCGUAUUUGCCACACAACUUGUCAUCCAUCGGGCGCGCAAAAAGUCCUCCCACGUCCCUGACGGGCGUGCACACGAUGCUGAACGAAGCGUAUCCUCGUCACUCAAGAAUUAUGUCGCAGGCACCGGUGGGCCGACAGCUGCAGUCCUCAACGGCUUGCGCGUGCUCUCUUGUCUCGUACUACUGUGCCUAUCCGUGUACAGUGCGACACUCUCGGAGUCCCCAUCGUGGGUCGCGCUCGGCUUCUGUACCACAUAUACAUACGCAACUAUUCUCAGCUUAACAUCGCUCGCCGUGCCGUCGUGGAACGCAGCCGCGUCAGGCCACGUCACCUUCGUGCUGCUGGUGACAUGGAUCGUCUAUGUCUAUCGGGACGUCUGGCCGCUGGCAACAUAUUAUUUAGCUCCGGCAAAUGACCAGGAUGCCUUAUUUUGGGCCACCUUUGCUGUACUUUCUGUCGCAGCGGUGAUUGUACCACUUACUGUUCCCCGGAAGUACGUGCCAUAUGACCCGCAGGACCCGACGCCCAACCCGAACCCGGAGCAGACAUGUUCUAUCCUGUCGAUGAUGCUCUUCUCCUUCCUAGAUCCAGUCAUCUGGGACGGGUAUCGGUCGUCGCACCUAGCCGUUGAACAGUUGCCGCCUUUGUGCGAUUUCGAGCGCAUGAAGUACAUGUCUAAGAGAAGUUUUCCCUAUCUGGACCCUCUGGACCCUCAGUCUAGCCGGCAUGUCUUCUGGGGAAUAAUGAGACUGUACAGUUAAGAGUGUCCGUUCUGU